AUGGGAUCCAAGAACUACGCAUCGCUACGCAUGGCUACGCAUCGCGCCGCCACCCAGGCACAGUUUGUGUGCGAUGCUUUGACCUCGGAGAGUGACCUGGGAGACAUCUCAGCGGAGAUUUUGAGGCAGUGUCUUCAGAGGAACAGCCGCGAUAACAUGACUUGCAUGAUCAUGCACUUUGCGGACGGCAGUGAGUGGACUAACUAUCCCGAUGAGAUGAAGAACUACGAAAAGCUAGUGGAUGGCGAUCGUGAUGAAGAUGUCCAGAGCCAUUAUGCGACCUUCCUAUCGACCGCCAAGUUCCCGGCACAGGCCGUUACUUGCAACGUUUGUCAAAGAUGGCUGGUGCAAAUGCAGCAGUGCACUUGCAAGCAGACCUUCUACUGUAGUAGGCACUGUCAGAAAAAAGGCUGGAAGGUGCACCAAGCCGUUUGUCCCAACAAGCAGGCAAAAUGA